AUGCUCACCAAGGGACCUCUCCUCGAAACAACCUCCGUUCCCCUAGGUCAACGCCGCGGAAUCUCAGACCUGGCGCAAAUCGCCCUAGACCUGACGUGGGCUUCCGAGAGCGCAAAAAACAACACCAUUGCUCGGUAUCGAGCAUAUCCCUCUCCGCCUAUGUCAGGAUCUCCUCCCCUUCCCCCGAGACAGCCUCAGGACAGCGGCGAUCGCAUGCAGCCGCCGGUGGGAUACUCAGCCCCUAACCAACCGGCUACUUAUUGGAGCAGCUUGAGCCAACAGCCGCCGACUGAUAAUCGAGGUCCGCCCAGUAUGCAGACUACUUUGCCAAGGUUGUUUCAACAAGGACCUCCGGACCACUCGCCAUUUCCUUAUCGAAGACCAGACGAUCCCGCAUCUCGACAUGUUUCGUACAUCCAGUCCGGGGCACCGCCCAUGUCGCAGCAAGCAGGUUAUAUUCCGCCUACUGUUCCCGGGGUGUCUUCGCCCUAUGGUUCUUCGGCUCGGCCUUCGAUCAUCGAAACCCAACCAAUGACUUCCCCAAAGUCGCAGAGGAAAACCAAGGGGCAUGUCGCUUCUGCCUGUGUCCCCUGUAAACGAGCGCAUCUUCGCUGUGAUGCGCAACGGCCUUGUUCGAGAUGUAUCACCAAUGGGAAGGAAGACGCAUGUAUCGAUGUCCAGCAUAAGAAACGGGGGCGACCACGGUUGAGAGACGAUCGCGAAACUCGCUAUGAUCCCUCGAGGUUCCCGCACCCACAAGACGCUGCAGUGAGACGGCCACUCAGCAUAUACCCGUCAGGGGCUCCGAUAGGACCUGGAGAGAACAUGAAUCAACGGUAUUCCGAGAGAACACAUAUGGAAACCUCCUACCCGCCACCUCUACCGAGUGGUCCUCGAGGCGCCGACCCAGUUGCUUUUUUGAAUAUGAAGAUGGAUUUUGCAAAGGCAUCGCCUGCCUUUAUGGAAGCUGUUGGCCAAGCAGAGCUUCAGGGACAGAACUUGGUCGAUGUGGUUGUACUGACAGAAAGGGAGAAGGUGGCAUCAAUUCGGAGCCAACUGAUCGAGGAACAAACACGAAAGGAGCCCAACUAUUUACCGCCAAUUCUAGGUCGACUUGACCGUAUUCUUCAGGGACUUGGCUUCGGGCCGGACGAGAUUGGACGAUUUCAGCUCGACCGACACGAGUACCUGACUUUUAGAGCUUCCGAUGGACAACCCAGACAAUAUCCCAUCCGACUUGGACUUGCGAAGGAGGGCACGAUCUACUUCAUAGUCAUGGUUCUCAGUGUGCCAGUCCGGCAUGCCUAUCCUUUGUCAUCUUCGCCUGCCGCAAGGGAAGCAGCGCACUCGUACAUCUCCCAACCCCUCACCCCACAGUCUGUGUACAGAACACCCGCGCCGCCUGUCACCCCUUUCGACAUGACAAGAGGCCCGUUCAACGAAGUGCCACUGGUAUCCCGUCCAGCUGUAGGUCCGUCGACUCAGUUGCCUACAAGUGCAAACCAUGGAAUCGCUGUGGGGGCCGGCGCAGCAUCGUACGCCGCGUCACCGGGCCGUACGGAAUAUGGACCUCCCCAGUCAUACAACGUCCCCCGGAGUGAGCUUCCUCCUUCGAGCGCAUAUCGUCCUCAAGCAACGUUCCAACUUCCGCCGAUCCGCGCCCAACCAGAACAGUCUGGAUCACGGCCUACUGGGGAUCAGAAGUGGCCGCACGAGGACCGGCCGACACGGGUUGAUAUUGGCGGCUUGAUCGAUAAGCCUGAAAGCCCAGCUCAACCGCGAUAG